AAGGCAUGCCAUUCUCAUGGUUGAAAAAUAAAGAUUUACAGGUACAGUAUGCAGCAGAUCUCCUUUCUCUUGUUUAUUCUGCCACUGUUAUUACAUGCACAGUCACUGUCAUGUUACCUGUUUUUUUUGUUGAGUUUGUUUUUCCGUUUUUGGCAGCGAAAAGCAGCUUCCCGUGAAAAAAGAUAAGCGUAAUGUACCUUAUAAAACAGUUUAACAAGCCCUCAGUUCACUUGAAACCUACUUUUGAAGUCAUAAAUUGAUAAAUGACUGCAAUGAGGAAGCAGACAGAAUAUAAAAGCCACAAUUCUUUACAGUUUCACACAACAUCUUGACCCAAGAUUCAAGGUAAGAUCAAGGAAUUAUAUGAUAAUUUAUAUAAACUAAUGGUAAAAACGAGGAAUUCAGCAUGACUGCAUUAUAUACAAGCAAAAUCAUUUUUAUCUGUAUUGUAUAUUAUACCAGCUUGAAUGACAGAAAAUGCAUUUAUUUUUAUGUUUUUGCGUUCUUUCAGGCUCUGGUAGUAUUCGCAGUGUGUUUGCCUUUGUAUAAGAUGGCGUUGUUGCUUCUACUGGGGUUGCUAACAGUGUGUGCUGCCACUCCUCGAGAUCUAUCAGGUAAAAUGUUCACCUUCCCACAAGAAACCAACACGGCUCAUGUGAGGCUGACUGCAUCACGACAGGAUUUAAGGGCUGUCACCGUGUGUUUCAGGUCCUUUACAGAGCUCCAGAGAGACCACAGCCUUUUCUCUUUGGCCACACCCUCUGCUGCCAAUGACUUCCUGAUAUUCAAGAGUGCAGCAGAUGGUGUGAUUCAUGUCGGGGCCAAACAAAAUGGUGCAGAUAUUAGCGGACAGCACUACGAACUCAACGCAUGGGUCUCAAUUUGCUCCACAUGGGAUGCUGCAUCUGGACUGGUGCAGGUGUGGAUAGAUGGAAAACCCUCUAGUAGGAUAUUUGUCAGCUCUGGAUCCAACAUCAACGGGCCCAUUAUAAUUGUUUUGGGACAGGAACAGGACUCCCACGGUGGCGACUUUGAUGUAAAUCAGUCUUUCAUUGGCAUGAUGUCUGAUGUCCACAUGUGGGACUACGUCGUUUCACCCCAUGAGAUCCAGAACUACGCACAUCGGUUUGUAGGCUUCACUCCGGGGAACGUGCUCAACUGGAGGGAGCUGGAGUUCCAGACCGUCGGAAGGGUGCUGAUAGAAGACGAACAGUGGUCGAUCACUUAACUUUUGAAACAAAACCUUUUAUGUCUUACAAAAUCUUUUAUCUGUUUUCGUAAGAUGAUUGAAAAACAAUGAUUGUCUUUUAACCAAACAAAUGAGUGUUCUUCUGACUUUGAGUUCUUAGCAUGAGUUGUUUUAUGUGUUCACUCAUAUGAACAUAAUUUUAUUAUGCUUGAGUUGUCUUCUGAUGGUCUCGUAUGUGUGUUUAGUAGUUGUAGUUGUUAGCAAAAUCAAGCCAAACUUAAGAAAUUCUGCAGCUCAACAAUGACAUUUUGUACGAAAGUGCAAAAUUUGUGAAUAACAUAUUGGGUAUCAUGUGAAGUGUUUGUGUUCAUUACUGAAACAACAAAUGACCAAAUGACUUUGAAAAGCAGAGUAUGUUUCUGCCACAGGGUGUUUAUUCAACACGUCUUAACAAAAUGAAAAGUGAGUAGCUUUGAAUUACACAAAUUUGUCUCUGACUCAGAAAUGUUCACAUAUAUUAAAGUUUUGUUCACAUUUA